AUGCGGCACAUUACAUUCUUCACCACCCUCGUCGCAGUCAUGGGUGUCGCGUUCGCUUCGUCCCACCACGCGGCUGCUGCUCCUGCUGCCGCCCGGCCUGUACCACCGAAGCAUGCGGCUGACGGCUUUGUCGAGGUUAUUGCGGACAAGGACCAAACAGUUUUCAACCCCGUCACCCCGGGUUCUGGGCCGUCGGGGCUUAGUCUCGCCGACGCGCUUACGCUUGAGCGCCAGGCGUCAUUGUGGUGGGAAUAUGCGCGGGAUGUUUCUUCUGUGACGGCGCGGCUCACGCGUGCUGGCCACACCACACUUUUCGUACCAACCGAUGAGGCCAUCAUGGCCCUCCCGCACAAGCCGCACAACAACCCCAGCGGCACCACAUCGGACGAAGACGCAAGGCACAAUGUCGAGGCAUUCCUCUCCGCCCACAUUGUCUCCGGCGACAUCGAGUACGGCAAGCCAGCCGAGACGCUUGGUGGCACCACGGUGACCGUGAAGAAGACUGGCGACGACAUGCGCGUGGUACCCGGCGACGCUAAGGUUGUAGGCACAAAGGUCGCCAGCAACGGCAUGAUAUUCUACCUGGACGGUACUGUAAAGUACUAA